UGGGCGGGACUUCCGGUGUCUUCCCCGAGGCGGACAUUUUGUCCGCUCUCGGUGGGCCGCUCGGACUAGAGCCUCGGGAUCGCUGGUUCGGCCCGGAGUGACGGAAGCGGGAGGACACGGGAGGAGACUCUGUGCUCGCCGCAGGGAGGCUCGGCGGUGGCAGCGCCCGCGAAGGCUCCGCUGCCCGCGACGGCGGCGCGCGGGUCCCGACCUGGGACUCCUCACGGCCCCGUAUGGUCCUCCAGAUUGUGAUGGCGGCCGCGGUUGGUGGAUCCGGCCUAGGCUUUCUCUGGCUGCACGGUGAAGAAGAUUGGGGUGAGGAAAGAAGACUGUUGAUGGCUGGACUAGAUUGGUGGUUCUGGAGAUUUUUUGUGGUUGCUGAACAUAGCAGGGGAAAGAACUCUGAGUGCCUGACCGAGAGGUCAUGACUCUAGCCAUGGCUGGAGGGACGUGGACAGGCCCUGGUUAUUGGUGCGCGGCGAAAGAUGAAGAGGCACCUUCUGAGCAGACCGUUUCUUUAGGAGUCUCCCAUGAUAGCAUUUCCAAGGCAGGUUCAUCAACCCAGAUGGCUCACCCUUGUGACAUUUGUGGCCCCAUCGUGAAAGACCUCUUACACCUGGAUGAACACCAGGAAAUAUGCCAAGGACUGAAACCUUACACCUGCGGGGCAUGUGGGAGACAGUUCUUGUUCAGUGCAAACUUUCACCAGCAUCAGAAGCAGUACAGUGUAGAGAAACCUGUCAGAAGAGACAGAGGCAAGACCUCAUCUGGGAAGAACUGUAGGGUUUGUGAAGAACCUCACCUGUCGGGAAAGCCCUUUCUGUGUGAGGAGCAGUGGAGCCUCCAGGCCAGUCUGGGCAGUCACCAGCGACAGGCCACCCACAGCAAGAAGAAGAGGAGGACUGGGAGCGGGGAGGCCUCUCACAGCGGACAGAUGCAGUACAGCUGCAGCGAAUGCGGGAAGGCCUUCAACCGCAAAGACACGCUUGUCCAGCACCAGAGAAUCCACACCGGAGAAAGGCCCUACGAGUGCAGCGAAUGCAGGAAGGCCUUCAGCCGCAAAGCCACACUUAUUCAGCACCAGAGAAUCCACACCGGAGAGAGGCCUUACGAAUGCAAAGAAUGUGGGAAAGCCUUUAGCCGCAAAGACAAUCUUACUCAGCACAAAAGAAUUCACACCGGAGAAAUGCCUUACAAGUGUAGCGAGUGUGGAAAAUACUUUAGCCAUCACUCCAACCUCAUCGUACACCAGAGAGUUCACAAUGGAGCGAGGCCUUAUAAGUGUAACAACUGUGGGAAAGUCUUCAGACACAAAUCCACACUUGUUCAGCAUGAGAGCAUCCAUACUGGAGAAAAUCCUUACGUUUGCAGUGAUUGUGGGAAAUCCUUUGGGCACAAGUACACCCUCAUUAAACACCAGAGAAUUCACACUGAGGCAAGGCCUUUUGAGUGCAUCGACUGUGGGAAAUUCUUUAGUAGAAGCUCUGACUUUAUUGCACACCAGAGAGUUCACACAGGGGAAAGGCCAUUUGUGUGCAGCAAAUGUGGGAAAGAUUUCAUCAGAACAUCCCACCUUGUUAGGCACCAAAAAGUUCACACUGGAGAAAGGCCAUACGAGUGCAACGAAUGUGGGAAAGCCUAUAGUUUAAGCUCCCACCUCAUUCGGCACCAGAAGGUUCACACUGCAGGACGGCUUUAGGAGUGCUUUCAACACAACAGGACUUGUAUGGAGAGGGGCUUUGUGAUUGCCCUUGGAGAGGAAGACACCAGUCAGACGUUGAACCUCAUGUAUCUGAACAUUAGCACUGGGGAGAGACCUUAAGGAUGCCAGGUACAGGGACACUUUCAUGGGUUGCGUUGCACUUGCAGACCUGCUCAGGUUCCUUGCCAAAUUUGCCACCCAAUGUCUGUGGCAGAAACCAUCUCAGUUCUACCAGCUUCGUUUCUGUAUGUCCUCAGGGACACCUCCAGUCUCUGGAGGAAAUUAUGAGAAUCCUGAAUUGAAUGGGGUUCCUCAUUCCCUCCCCACUGACGGGUAAAGGUGUGGACCUCACCCAUCUUUAGCCAAGAGGACCUGAGCUGUGUUCUGGAGGCUUACAGAAGAGCUUUACUUUCUUCAUGGACAUUGUUGGCCUCAUGUGGUACAUGUGACACAUUUUUCUCCGAGUCACCCCACCUGGAGAACCACUUGUCUUCUGUUGCUCUGGUCUCUGUGAUAAUAAAGACAUUAUUUAAACCAUC